AUGUUAAUUUUGUCGGAUCGAAUCGAAUCCGAAGCGCUUCGACUGCUUUUGCUCGCUCGUGCAGCAGAGGAUUAUGUCGUCUCUGCAUUCAAUGGCAACGCCAUGAGUCCGCAGACACCCGGCAAGCACAUGGACAGUGACGCUAAAAAGGCUAAAUUGGAUCAGUGUGCAGCGGCAGCAACAACGGCAACGGCUACGGCUACGGCGACGGUGGUGGCGGCUACCGAAAAUGUGUCCCCCGUCAAUUUGGUCGACGUUGGAGAAGAACGUUCAUGCGUUGUGCACCUAAGGAACCUGCCGGCCGACAUGACCGAUGUCGAGUUGAUUCAAAUGUGCAUCCCUUUCGGCAAGGUCACCAACUUCCUGCUUUUAAAGGCCAAAAAUCAGGCGUUCCUGCAGUAUGAGGAGGAGUCGAGCGCCGCCGCCCUCGUCUCCACGUCUCGUACGUCGACCAUCACUCUGCGCGGCAGAACUGUAUUCUGUCAGUUUUCAAACCACCAUGAGCUGAAGACCGACAACAAAAACGCGUUUAACGUCGUCGCUUCCGUAAGUAACUCAUAAUU